GGCUAAUUCUUUCCAUAAUGACUCUGGAGAGACAGAGCUGAGAGGAGCAGGUGAGAGACGAGAGCGGCAGCGCUGGAGAGGGCGAGCGGGCGAGAGACGGAGCAAUGGAGAACCUAACGCAAGCUCACUGGAGAGAAAUCGUAAAUAAGAAGCUGAAGUUUCCUGUGACUCUCAUCAAUGCUAUACACGAUGGGAACCUCCCUCAGGUGCAGCAGCUUCUGCAGGUCAGUGACGGGAUCUUGCGUCAGUUGGACGAUAGUGAAGACCGAUCAUGGCGGGAGGCUCUCAAUCUCGCCAUCCGCACAGGAAAUGAGGAGAUUAUGAAGACGUUGUUGCAUUGUGUGAAGUUUGACUUCAGACAGAUCCAUGAAGCUCUUCUUGUGGCUGUUGACACCAACCAACCUCACGUGGUUAAGAUGUUACUGGAUCGACUGGACCAAGAGAAGGGGCUCAAGAUGGACAUCAAGUCAUUCUCAUUGGCAUUCUUUGACAACUCCAUCGACAACUCCCGCUUUGCUCCUGGAGUCACUCCGCUCACCUUGGCCUGUGAGAAGGACCUCUAUGAAAUUGUGGAGAUGCUGAUGAAGAAAGGUCAUGUGAUCACCACACCGCACAAGAUCUCCUGCGCGUGUCUGGAGUGCAGCAAUGGGCGCAAGUAUGAUCUCCUGAAGUUCUCACUGUCUCGAAUCAACACGUACAAAGGAAUCGCCAGCAGGGCCUAUCUGUCCAUUGCCAGCGAAGAUGCCAUGUUGAGAGCCUUCAAGCUGAGUCGUGAAAUUAAGAGGCUUUCAAGGAAAGAGCCGGAGUUUAAGCCCGAGUACCUGAGCCUGGAGGACCUGUGUCAGGAGUUUGCGGUGGAGCUGCUGGGAAUGUGCCGUAAUCAGAGUGAAGUCACCGCCGUUCUCAACGACUGCGGAGAUGACAGCGACGAAGAACAGUUGGACAAUCAGGCAUUCGAGGAAGGAAUCCCCAACCUAGCCCGGCUGAGGCUCGCUGUGCACCACAACCAGAAACGGUUUGUGGCUCAUCCCAUUUGCCAGCAAGUCCUGUCCUCUAUCUGGAGCGGGCAGUUAUCAGGUUGGAGGGGCAGCAACACCAUCUGGAAGAUUUUCAUCUCCUGCGCCAUCUUCCUCACCAUGCCGCUCCUGUGCCUCAUCUACUGGUUGGCUCCAAAGUCUAAGGUUGGAAAAAUCCUUAAGAUUCCCGUCAUAAAGUUCCUUCUGCACUCGGCCUCCUACUUGUGGUUCCUGAUAUUUCUUCUGGUAGAAUCUUUGAUCAUGGAGAGAAGACACGAUAUAUAUGAAGGCAGAGACCAAACCAUAUGGCAGAAUUCUCUACACAUGAUCUGGGUGGCAGGUUUCUUGUGGCAUGAGUGUAAGGAGGUCUGGAUUGAGGGGCUGAGGAGUUAUUUCCUUGACUGGUGGAACUUUCUGGACAUUGUCACUAUCAGUAUGUACCUGGCGUCCUUCUCUCUGAGGAUCCUUGUCUCGGUGAAGGGCUCCCUUACCUGUAAUGAUGAUCCUAAUUCAGAUAUUUGCUAUUAUUAUACUAAAGCAGAACGUCCAGACUGGAACACUGAGGACCCACAGUUCAUCGCUGAGGUCUUAUUUGCUGUGACCAGUAUGCUGAGCUUCACACGACUGGCUUACAUCCUUCCAGCCCAUGAGACCCUCGGGACCCUACAGAUAUCUAUAGGCAAAAUGAUUGAUGACAUGAUACGGUUCAUGUUCAUCUUGAUGAUCAUUCUUACCGCCUUCCUCUGUGGCCUCAACAACAUCUAUGUUAACUACAGUGAAGCAGAAAUGCUGGGGAAUUUUAAUGAGACCUUCCAGUUUCUUUUCUGGACCAUGUUUCAGAUGGUGGAGAGGACAUCAGUGGACAUGAGUCACUAUGCAGUGGCAGAGUUUGUUGGUCGGGCCUUGUAUGGUCUCUAUACUAUUGUCAUGGUCAUUGUCCUGCUCAACAUGCUCAUUGCUAUGAUCACCAACUCAUUCCAGAAGAUCGAGGAUGAUGCUGAUGUUGAAUGGAAAUUUGCUCGCUCCAAACUGUAUCUGUCAUAUUUCCGAGAAGGACUGACCCUGCCUGUUCCAUUUAAUAUCAUUCCUACUCCAAAAUCGCUCUUCUACAUAGUCAGGGCUAUUUUAAAAUACAUAUGUUGCUACAAACCCAAGAAGAAGCAAGAAUAUCCUCCAAUCGCUACAAUCUCCAAUAGGGGAAUCGGUGGAGAGUUGUUUGGCGAGAGUCGUACUUCGUAUCGUCUGCAGGUGAUCAAGGCUCUGAUCCAGAGAUACAUUGAUACAGCUAGAAGGGAAUUUGAAGAAGCCAAGCGUAAAGAUCUUGGGAACCGUAUCACAGAGCUAAAUAAGAAUGUCAUCCGUCUCCAGUCAGACGUGAAGCAUCUUAGACGCUCCUUGGCGGACACCGGAGCGAACAUCACUCCUAAAGAAAAUGAAAAUGUGCUGAGCCGCUACAUAAUGAAAGUUAAGAACAGUUUCCAGAAUUACGACCAAGAGUCAGUGAGUUCCGGGAAGGAUUCUUCAGAAGUCACUGUUCAUCAAGAUAGUUUUAAGAACAUUCUCCCAGAUGAUGACUGCCCCCCGUACCAAGAUGUGUCACUCGCUGAUGACCUAGACCAAGUUGGGGACAAUUCCGAGGCUGGAGAGGACAUGUGACUGUCUAGAUACUUUAUAUAAUGUACAGGAAAAAUUACUGGACCACAAAAUUGUGGACACCACUAACGACCAUCAAUGGGGAUGAGAUGGGGUCAGAGUUGGUCUAACAAUUGCAUGUAGCUUGUAUGUUCUCCCAAUGUUUCCUCCAUCAGUUUCCUAUAUAAUUACCCCUAAUGUGUAAUAUCAGACUGUGAGCCCAAUGUGAAUAUGGCAGUAAUAUCACACCGUAGUAUACAUAUUACAGUACAGCAGCAUUAUAUGAGGAGUUGCUGAUAUCAGUCACAUCUUAUUAUAGUACAGGGGUGUUAUAAGAGGAGCGGCUGA